AUGGGGAGGAAGAGAAAGCACAGCGAGACUGAAGCGGCGGCACCGGCGAAGAAGGACGAUUCUGCUCCAGAGAGACCUAAAAGGACUCUAUUGGGUUGGAAAGAUAAGAAGGAAGAUGGUGAGGAAUCUAAACCAGCUUCUGCUCCUGGAUUCAGGAAUAAAGAGAAGGUUCUCGUUACUUGUUCCCGUCGGAUCAGUUUCAGGUGA